UUGCAGCUGCUGCCUGGUGGGCACGAAAAACUGGCAAGUUUUGCUCAAGACUCUCUUUCAGCGACGGCGAGCCAUGCGACGAAGACUGAAUGGGCGAGAUGUCGAGCAGGAAGGUUUGCUGUCCAAACAUAUCGAGUAGAUGCUUCGAUGAAGGUAAUCACGUACAGCUCUUCUUUAGGUCCUGCUUCAGGUAAGUUAAGAAUAUCGCUGUAGACCUUCUGCAUCAGUUUGUAACGAGUGGAGCCAGGAAAAUGACUCGAAAACGGGUCGUGGGUAAGAUUGGUGACCGGACACGUGGUGCAGACCGUUGGGCGAGACUGCGGUUUCAUCUCCGUGCCGUCAGAUAAAAGUCGGCGUUAGUAUAAAAUGAAGAAAUGAUGAAAGGAGAAAGAGCUGGAGACAUGUCAAUCUCCCCUUCGACGAAACGGUUUGAUGGCAGAUGGUCCUGCGACAGCUACUGGAAGACUCGGCUGCUCGGCGACUUCUUCUUUCACGGCUUCCUCGACGACUUCGGGUUCAUCAGCUGCAAGUCCACUGAUUUCUCCCCAAAGUGGAGCUGGAGUUCCUUGGAAGGCUGCACGGGUGUUAUAGAAGGUUCGCCAAGCAUUGGCGCCUUCAUCGGCGGUAUUAAACUCCCAAGUAUCCAGUGCGGGACCGAGACCAAGGACGCGUUCAGAAUCACCAGAGGUGCCCUGUGCUGUGAACUGAAGAACUGAUACUCCAUGUUGAGUAGCAGCGCGACCGAGGAGUUGAGCUGUGGAGAGAAGAUUGAAACCAAGGCUGGCGACGAUAGGAACAUUGGUAACGUCGGAGCACAUGUGCCAACCGCAACAGCUGUCGAGAUACCAAGUAUUGGGUCCUGAAAUGACUCGAGCAAGGUUAGCGUAAACUUGCGAUGCAAAGACCGGAGGACGAUGCUGUGAUGGCGGUGUACUCUGCGGCAUCUGCUGCGUCUGGGACGUCGACUGCUGCAUUUGCUGAUGUGGCUUCGGUAACUGCUGCGAACGAUGAUAUGGUUGCGAAGUGCUGCGACGGUUUUGACAACGACUGCGACAAGUUUGGUCAAGAUCUUGCUGUUCCGCUUGAAGAUACGACGAAAUUUCGGUUUCUGAGAGGUUCGGAUUCAUGCGCAAGAAGGCGCGCGUCUGUCGCCACUCGGGACCAAGUCCAGCAAGAAGGACCAUGAGAUACAUCUCACGAGGGAAGUAUCCUCCACUCUUCUCCAGUUGAUCUUGUAGUGUGCGAACACGAUUGACGUAAUCCAUGACAUUCUCGUUUGUCAUCAUCUGCACACUUGUCAGCUGCGAAAGAAUCUUACUUGCUGUUAUUGUGUCUUUUGCCAUGUACACCCCCUUUAAGUGGUUCCAUGCAGUUUCAGCUGGCGUGAAGCUUGAAUGAAAAGAUCGAACGCCAAGCUGCUCCUUUGGCGACAGGUUCCGAACUAGAACCGUAUACGCCCCGAGAGAGGCGUGCAGGAAACUCUGUUGCUCCAGUUGUGUUCCCAUGACAGGAUACGUAAACUCGCCGGUGAAGAACGGCCAUAGCCCAGCGAACUGCGCCAGAAGCUCAAACUCGAAGCUCCAGGAGUAAAAUUCAACUCCGUUAAAAGGUGAUCGCCCGAAGAUGUAAAAGGGCUGCUGCUGCUGCGACUGCGGCUGCUGCGUAAACGGCGAGAAGGCAAAUGAGCCAGUACUUGGAGCUGAAGCUCCACGCAUUCGAUGAAACACCUGGAGUACUGACAGAAGGCGGAUUCUGCUGCUGCAUACUGAUGUGCGCAUAAGCCAGUGGAAACGGUCCAGAGGCUGAGAGACCAGUGGCGGUCGUGGAGACAGGUACUCCAGUAGUUCCAGAACUGGAUCCGGUAGAUGGUGCUGGUGAUGUCCCAGUCAUUGUUGACAGUAGUCUUAAAUCCAGAUAGCUCUCAUACCAUGUAAUAAUUUGACAGGUGUUGCACGAGACUAAGUGUAGAAUCUGCAAACACAAACACUUGGAAAACCUCAAGUGUUAGCCUAGGAUCUUUACUGGAAUGGUAGACAAGUAAGACAGUGGAAGUCUUUGUAAGAAUGAACCUGAG